AGCAGGAGAUGAGAAUAAACCAUGAGAGAGAACUCUACUAUUGUGUCAUCAGAUAACAUGGCGUUCACAGACUGUAUGAAACCCACUGACCUGUCAGCAGACAAGAAGGUGAUAAAGAGGAAAAACUGGAGGAACAGAAUAGGAUUUCUCUUGAAGACAAACUCCUCCAAGUCGAUAUUACAUCUGAUGAAAAACAGAUCCUACAGGCCGACUGCUGAUGACGUGCACCAGUGGGCGCAGUCACUUGACAGCCUACUCAGUCAUAAAUAUGGGAAAGCUGCCUUUUGCAUCUUCCUCAAGUCAGAGUUCUGCGAAGAGAACAUUGAGUUUUGGACAGCCUGUGAGGAUUUCAGGACCCUCACAUCGGACAUAGAGCUGGUGUCCAAGGCCAACAGUAUUUACGAGGAGUUCAUUAAAAACGAAGCUCCCAAAGAGAUAAACCUGGAUUAUCACACCAGAAAUGCCAUCAUCCAGAGCCUCCACGAGCCUACCGCAACCAGCUUCCUGGCAGCUCAGCGGAAAGUCUACAGCCUGAUGGAGAACAACUCAUACCCCAGAUUUAUCUACUCCGACCUCUACAAAGAACUGUGUGCAGCUGCCAGGGGAGAGGCCAAGCACAUUAAGUCCUAGUCAAACUCGACACCCACUCCAGAAGUCAUUUGUUUACCGCUGUGACUGUGUGAGAAGACACACUGAUGGUGUUCAUUUCGGGCACCGCCUCGGGAUAAUAGACCCCGAUGCAAAUCCCAAGCACAAACAAGAACGACGAGUGUGGGAAAUACAAAAGCUGUUUUCAGUCCGCCCUACUGAGAGCUCACAAUGAUGUUGGGAUACUUAAGCAGGAUGCUGUACAGUAUGCUGCUGCAGGCAGUGCACGGAGCAUUGCUACCAGAUGGGAUUAAGGUUACAUUUUCUUCUCCAGGCCAUUACCUGCACUUUCUUUAUGCUACGCUGUUAGAUUUUGGUAUUUAAAGCAAUGAUGCGUUGAAGAAAAUGCAGCUGAAGUGCAUUUAAAGCUGAGAUGACUGUAAAAACACUGACCAUGCUGUUUGAAUGUAGUUCUGUGCUGAUAUCCACUUGGAGACUUUGCACAGCCGUCACAUACACAUGAUGUGACCCUGGUAUUCACUGCCGUGUUGCUCUGCUGGAUUACCAUCUGUUUACACAAAAAGUGCAAUUAUAAUUUAUAUGAUAAUAUUCAUAAUAUCUACCAAGGAUUGUUUUGGGCCUGAAGUUACUGUGACAAUGUAUUGUAAAAUAUUUCACGUUGUUGAAUGUGAUUUAAUUUUGCAGGCAGCUGGACUGCUCAAGAAAUAAAUUAUGUUUUUCAAUUCUGAAA